GCCCGCCUGGAGUACUACGAGAACGAGAAGAAGUGGAAGAGCAAGUCGGCAGCGCCCAAGCGGGUCAUCGCGCUGGACUCCUGCCUCAACAUCAACAAGCGGGCAGAUGCCAAGCACAAGUACCUCAUCGCCCUCUACACCAAGGACGAGUACUUUGCUGUGGCUGCCGAGAAUGAGCAGGAGCAGGAGGGCUGGUACCGGGCGCUGACCGACCUCCUGAGUGAGGGCAAAGCUGCCUGCCAUGGCUCCCCGCACCGCCGCCUCCCCUCGCCCUUUGCGCCCACCGCCGAGGACCUCAACUACGGGCUGGUGACGCCGGCCAGCGCUGCCUACCGGGAGGUCUGGCAGGUGACACUGAAGCCCAAGGGCUUGGGGCAGAGCAAGAACCUGACGGGCGUGCACCGGCUCUGCCUGUCCGCCCGCACCAUCGGCUUCGUGCGCCUCAACUGUGAGCUGCCGGCUGUCACGCUGCAGCUAAUGAACAUCCGCCGCUGCGGCCACUCUGACAGCUUCUUCUUCAUGGAGGUGGGCCGCUCUGCUGCCACAGGGCCUGGCGAGCUGUGGAUGCAGGCGGACGACUCAGUGGUGGCGCAGAACAUCCACGAGACCAUCCUGGAGGCCAUGAAGGCGCUCAAGGAGCUGUCCGAGUUCCGGCCCCGCAGCAAGAGCCAGUCGUCAUCGUCGUCCUCAUCGUCGGGCGGUGGCGGUGGCGCCUCAGCUACGCACCCCAUUACCGUGCCCGGUGGCCGCCGCCACCACCUGGUCAACCUGCCGCCCAGUCAGACUGGGCUCCUGCGUCGCUCCCGCACCGACAGCCUGGCAGCUGGCAGCACCAAGGCCACGCCAUGCCGGGUGCGCACAGCCAGCGAGGGAGAUGGUGGCUGCCGCCUGGGCUCGCUGGCCGGCAGCCCUAUGAGUCCUGGGCCGGUGCGGACGCCCCUGAGCCGGUCGCAUACACUGGGGGCGGGGGGUGGCAGCUGCGGCAGCAGCAGGCAGGCGGCUAGGCUGGUGCCAGUGCCAAGCAGCCGAUCCAUAUCCAUGCCUGUGUCUCACUCACCGCCCUCUGCCGCUAGCCCUGUCAGCCUGUCGUCCAGCAGUGGGCUGGGCUCAGAGCCACCCCAUCCGCUGCGCCUCUCCAGUGGCAGCACCUCUGUGGCAGGCUCCCCCAGCGACCCGGGCUUCAUGUCCUUUGAUGAGUAUGGCUCCAGCCCCGGCGGUGAUAUGCGGCCUUUUUCCUCCUCUUCCACCGCCAGCACCCGUAGCAACACGCCUGAGUCCAUUGCCGAGACCCCCCCGGUACGUGAAGCUGGUGGUGCUGUCGAGCUCUAUGGCUACAUGGCCAUGGAACGGCCGCAGCCUGGCCGGCUUGGCUGCCGGCCCUGUCCAGAGCUCAGCACUGACAAGGCCCAUCGCAAACGGACCUACUCGCUGACCACGCCAUGUCAGCAGCGGGCUGCCCCACCUCAUGUCUCCUCUGCCUCCCUGGACGAGUACACCCUCAUGCGGGCCACCUUUGCUGGUAGCGCCAGCCGUCUCUUCCACUCUGGUCCAGCAGGGGUGUCGCCCAAAGUGACCUACACCCCUUACCCUGAGGAUUACGGGGACAUCGAGAUUGGCUCUGGUGGUGGCACCCAUGUGGGGCCAGCAGCAGGGCAAGGAGGCGACGAUGGCUACAUGCCCAUGACCCCUGGGGUGGCAGCUGCCUUGGCGCGGGGCAGCCAUGACUACAUGCCCAUGAGCCCCACUAGUGUGUCUGCUCCCAAGCAGAUCCUGCAGCCCCGGACUGGGCUAGGGGGCGGUGGCGGCUCCUCUUCCUCCUACAAGACCAGCUCCCCGGGGGAGAGCUCCCCAGAUGACAGUGGGUACAUGCGCAUGUGGUGCGGCUCCAAGCUGUCGGUGGAGAGUGCUGAUGGACGGCUGGGUACAGGCGACUACAUCAACAUGUCCCCCCGCGAGCCGCCACAGCUGCCAUCAGGGCCCACCACCCCAGCCCUCACCCCCCCUGACCUCUUCUUCUCCCCAAGGGCAAGCGAACCUCUGGCCAAGCCAGGCUACUCAUGCAGCUCUUGUGGGGGAGUGCAGGACAGCGAUCAGUAUGUGCUGAUGAGCUCCCCGGGGCGACUGGAGGCAGCGGUGACAGGAGGAGGUGCCCCAGUGGGCCCUGCUACGCCGUCUGGCCUGCACCACAGCCGGCCUGAGAGCUUGCGAGGCCCGCGAGUGGCCCGGCCCAGCCGCCUGUCACUGGAACCAGUGCGGACGCUGCUGCCACCCAGCAUCCAGGAGCGACCGCCGCUGCCGCCUGAGCCCAAAAGCCCUGGCGAGUACAUCAACAUAGACUUUGGCAGCUGCUCUCUGCCUGCUGACAGCCCCGCUUCCUCACUGGGCUCAGGGCCUGGCCGGCAGCGCUCACCUCUCUCUGACUACAUGAACUUGGACUCAGGACGCUCGGGUGCCGCAUCGCCUGAUGAGGCACUGUCUCCAGGCUCGGGGAGCCGCAGCAGCAGUCAGCCAGGUGGGCACUACCUGCCAGCAGCUGUGGGGGUGGCAUGCCUGUGUAGCCCGUCGGAUGGCGCAGACUACACGGAGAUGGCUUUUGGCACAGCCACCACACCGCCACAACCCAUAGCGCACAAGCCUGAGAGUGCCCGGACAGUUGCUAGCCCCACAGCAGGCGUGAAGCGCCUCACACUGGCUGGGGUGGAGGCUUUCCUUCUGGCCAGCCCACCCCCGGACCCUGACCGCGGCGCCAAAGUCAUCCGUGCCGACCCACAAGGCCGGCGACGCCACAGCUCCGAGACCUUCUCGUCCACCACCACUGUGACCCCUGUGUCCCCCUCCUUCGCGCACACCCCCAAGAGGCACAACUCAGCAUCAGUGGAGAAUGUGUCGCUCAGGAAAAGCGAGGGGCUGCAGGAGGAGCAGGGCACUAGCCCCAUGUGCCGCCAGACCUCCGCCGGCUUCCAGAACGGCCUCAACUAUAUCGCCAUCGAUGUGCUGGAUGGGCCCCUGCUGGCUGCCUGCGACCAGAGCCGGCCCCAGGCCUGCCUUGCCCUGAGCACUGGCUUGGGGGGCGGGGAGCCCAGCACCUAUGCCAGCAUCGACUUCCUCUCGCACAACCUCAAAGGAGCCAGUGCUGUGAAAGAGUGAAGGAGUUACUUUUAUCACCUCAAAAAAAAAAAAUCAGAAUACAACAUUCAAAGAAGCUGCUCGGCCUAUGUUUUCUAAAAUCUGAAGCUGCUUACGGUUUACUUUUUUGUUUUGUUUUGUUUUUUUGUUGGUCUGGACAGUUACUUAACUUUCAAACUGCUAUGGACUAUACUGGACAACAAAUCUGCAAGGAAGGGAAAGCACCCUGCCUCACAUUUCUUGUCGUUGGCAUCUACAUUGUGCUGCUGUUUUGACAGACAUUGAAGAUGUUCUUUAAAAUUUGGAACUUUUCUGCCGGCCUGUUUAACUUACGGCCAAUGCCUUCAUUUCCUUUUUCUGCAAAGACGAACUGUAUUUAUUCUUCAGCAUGCUAGGGGAUUCUGUAACACCUGCUAAAACAGUAAAAUCUGGUAUUUACUGGCAUAAUUUCAAGCCUACCGCAGUACUACCUCAGUUCAAAGUAAAGCCGGAUUUGUAUAGUUGGUGUACAACAGGACCUCCUUUAUCUCUAUGCUGAGUAUCUCUCAAGAACAGUCAUCAGCCUUAUUGAACUUUUAAAGUAUACAGCUGCUGGUUGGUUCUCAUCACUAGCUGCAGUGUUUACUUAUCAGACAAAGCUCUAUGUGGGCUCUGAAAAGUCUAAAAUGAGAUAACUUUGUGGAUUGGACUUUGAAGGAUUCAGAAUAGUUAUAAAAUGUGUAACUGAAGCAACAUAAGUUAAAAUCAUCAAACUGUAUUGGGGGUAUCUCUCUUUAUCUUUAACACACUUGUUUAAUCCUCUCUAUGUAGGUGUUUAUGUAGGUACUUUGAAUUGCAAAAGCCUUUUCUCCUAUUUAUAAGCUCAUGUUUGUCAGCUAACCCUGUUCUUAGCUGCAUUUCUCAUAACCAAAAAUUGACAUAGGCAUGCUAGGAAUGCAAGGAUGAUAAUGGGUAUUGGGCAGAUUGAAAUGUUAAUUUUAAAAAACAUAUUAUCAUGCCGUUGGGAAGUCCUAAUAUUUGACUUGAAAAGCGGCAUUGCAACUGAAGGCAUCAUUAAAGGGAAAAAUAAGAGUUUUAGUAAUUUAUCCAGAGUUCUUUACAAGAGUACCCGUUUUUACAUUUUCAGUAUUCUGAAAAUACCAGUGAUGUUGUGACAGUGUCACAGCUAUCACAUACAACUGUUGCACCAGACUAGCAGAAUGUUAUGUCACCUUGUUGCUCCUUUGAGUUUAUUGAAUACUAUAUAACAUUUUAAAGGUACCUCCCCAGUGCCUGCUCUGAUAGUCAUGUAAGUAUUACACUAAGUUAUUUGAGUUGUGUGAGAUUUUUUGAAAAUUCUUUGUGAGAGAUGGAGAAUCUAUACAUCACUAUAAACCCAAUGCAUUAUACAUAUUUUUGAGGAAGACUAGAAUCAAUGUCUUACAACUAUAACUAAUGGCAAUGCAAAGUCUUCCUGCUUACAUGCUGAACUUUUAAAACAGAGGAUUGUAUUACAAGACAAAGAUGAAUGUAAACAAAUUCCUUCCACACCCUGUAACAUUUCCUUUCUGUAUAAUUUUCUUGGGUCUCGCAACACAGCAGUAUAGACUAAAUAUUGUGCAGUUUAUAACAUCAAUUUUAAAUGUCUAACUUCUCAUCUUAAAAUAAUCCCAAGCUGUAAAAUGUUCUAAGAUACUUUUUCGAUAUUGGUACUAAAACAAAAUGGUUGUUGACAUUUCCUGUCUGAACCCCACACCUAACUAUAGCACUGAACAUGGUACCUGCUGAAUACAAUAUUUUAACUUCUAUUUUGAAGUAGCCCUCUCUCUACCAAGUGUAAAUCAUGCCACUAUAAAAAUGGUUUGUAGUCACAUAGCAACUUCAAAGCAAAGAAACUUGAUAAUAUACUCAAUUUUCAUCUAUCCUGUAUAUUUCACAAAAGGCAUAUGCAAUAUUUACAUUCUUAAUUUAGUUUACAGAAUGGAACCAAAAUGUAUAAAUGUUAUGUUUGCUAAAACUUCACAAUGUAUAUUGGGUCUUUGUACAUUUUGCCUGACUUACCUUAAAUUUAAAAUAUUUUUUGCUAUAUAAUCUUAACAGUUAUUAAGCAGUGUUUUCUUUUUGGGUACGUAUUGUUUCUGGAUAUCAAGAUGUUAAAUAUAUUUCCUGCUAUUGUGAUAUGACAAGAGACUUAACUUAUCUUGCUGUGUCUUCCAAUGUACACGCUGUAUAUAAGGAUAAAUGUGAUGCUGCUGGAGACAAGAAUAAAUGGAACUAGAGUAGUGUAUUGUAUUUAGUCUGUAUUGAUCAUGGAUGCUCUCCUUAAUAGCCAUAUGCAAUAAAAUACAUUAUUUAUGAAAGGAA